UGUUUACAAUUAUACUCUGAUAACAGGAAUAAACUAAACAUGUACACAACGUUUCAAAAGGUAUCAAUACCAAUAGUCGUUUUGGUGAAUAUUUGCCUUCAACUGACUACUGUUCUAGCUGACUACGCGUGUGUGUGCAACUAUGCCGUGGAACGACCAGUAUACCCGCAGCACAGCCACUCGGCAAAACCUGUGGGUUACCUCUAUGAGUUCGACUGUAAAGAACGCCUGAAUCUAGCAUCCGCGCAAGGAUGGAUACCCAUUGCAUUUGAACAUCAGAUUACGUACGUAGAACGGGAUGCAUUGUCUUCUGAGCAGACCUGCCCUGGCGAUCCUCCAACGUUUGAUAUCAUUACAAAAGGUACAACCACUAUCAAAGACCACACAAAGCACACAACGACACCAACCAUAGCACCGACUACAACAGCAACAACGACAACAACUUCGACGACGCCAACAACUACAACUAUUCCGACAACCACGUCAACAACUCCGACAACGACGCCAACUACAACAACUACGCCAACUACAACAACUCCAACAACCACAACAACUCCAACAACCACAACGAUACCAACAACAACAACUACAACUCCGACGACGACGUCAACCACAACAACAACUCCUACCACAACAACAUCAACUACAACAACAACCACUAGACCAACUACAACGACGACAACGGAACCUUCAGUCACAGGGGAUGACAGCCUGUGUCCGCCAAUUUUACGACUAUACACGAACCAGGAGGGCGGAUCCCUCACCCAGUAUGGCGAAUAUUGCUAUCAGCUAGUACCGACACCAGUUACUUGGCAACAGGCGGAACUGGACUGCCGGGGGAAGGGAGGACAUUUGGUGCAUGUCAGCGGGACAGGAUUACAGAAUUACAUCUACAAGUGGCUAUUUUCAUUCCUUUUCACCGCCCCUUGCUGGAUAGGACUGCAUGACCUGCAAGAUCAAGGGUAUUGGGAAUGGACAUCAGGUAAACUCACAAGUUACUCCAACUGGAAUACCCGUGAUCCCGUUUUUACUGGUACCGGAAGUGGUGGAGAUUGUGCCGUUCUGAUUCCCGGCGCCCCUUAUUACGGCAAAUGGAAACAAGUACAGUGCACAGGGGACACACUGCAGCAUGUUGUUGUGAGCAGAAAUCCAUUCAUCUGUCAGUUCUCGAUACACCAGAGGUACUCGGAGCAAGUGGGUCCUGUCGGUUAAUGUUCAAACAAAUAAUUAAAAUAAACAAAAAAGAAACUUU